AUGACGGGACCUGAGCAGCACGAUAGGGUUAGCUGUCGGGUUAGGGUUGCGCGAUCGCUCGUGCUCGCCACCGCACCUGGGCCAAAGCUCUGCGGACGGUCCGCACCAAGACCCUACGUACCGCUCUGCUGGCCCUCCAGUCCCCCAGAAGAGCAUCUGCGCACCAGCCUCACCGCCACCAUGACAGCACAGAACGGCGACAAGCUCGAGGAGCUCGUCCUCUCCGGCAAGCUCUUCAACCCGCCCUCCCGCUCCUCCUCCCCCGUCCGCUCCCGCUCCCCGUCCCCCGCCCAGUGGCCCACCGACGGCCACGACUACGACUACGACUCCGACGCCGACCGGCGCCGCGCGCUCGCCUCGCGCGCCGCGGAGCACGAGUCCAUCGGCAUGGGCCCCGGGCGCACCGGCGUGAAGGGCGUCAUCCGCGACCACGCCGAGGCCGCAGCCCUCGCGCGCUCGCGGCGCACGGAGGAGAUCCGCGCGCUGAACCGAGCGAUGGAGGGCGCGAGCCUCGGCGGGCAGACGUGGGCGGAGGAGGAGCGCGCGCGCGCCGCGGAGCUCGCGCGCCUCGAGGGCAAGGCGGGCGCCGUCGUCGACGGCCGCCCGCGCGCGGGCAGGUUCGGGCACCUCAUGGAGGUCGGCGUGCGCAGCUUCGACCGCGCGCUCGACGAGGACCGCAACACGUGGGUCCUCGUCCACAUCUACGACCCGAGUCUUGACCGCUGCGCCACCCUCGACGAGACCCUCUCGCGCCUCGCGCGCGCACACCCCUCCACGAAGUUCCUCCACGCGCGCGCGGGCGCGAUCGGCUUCGCCACCGCACGCCCCACCACGUCUCCGCGCGCCACGCACCUCGCGCCCUUCCCCAUCACCCGGCGGCCCUCGCGCCAGAUCCUCGUCCCCGGGCGAUAUUCCAGCCACAACGACGACGACGAAGACGACCCAUACGGCGACGAGAACGACAGCGACGGGGACGGCGACGCCGGGUGGGACGACGACAAUGUCGACACGGACGUCCUGCCGACGCUCCUGGUGUACCGCGGCGGCGCGCUCGAGCAUACGUGGGUGCGGGUGGACUGGGAGGCGAAGACGGGCGUGGAGGAUCUGUUGCGGAGGCAUAACAUCCUGCAGGGUGCGGAGCGCAGGCCGCCCUCCGACGAAGAGGACUUUGACGAUGGCGACUUGGUGUUCGGAGGCAGCGACGAUGACGCGUGAACGGACGUGCAUCCAUCGCGUUAGCCGGGAUGCUCGACGGACAUGAGAAGUGCGAAUAGAAUAGACGCUGCUGCAUCUACCUCACCGGACCCGCAGGGCCGUGCGUCCAUGAAUCAUACACUGAGGUUCUUGCCACAUGUAUUCACGAUCAAACUGUGCUGCUUCAGGCCCGAGUUCCCAUCAGGUAGACCCAGGUACGCAACGAGCCGUCCUCCAGCGAAAAUGCAAAAUUCCCAUAUAGUGCACUAGACCAAA